ACGUUGCUGUACGUCAGGUCGGACCACACAACCAGACAGGGGGAAGAAAGAGAAGACGGAGCUACAGUCCUGCUGAUAUACCAUUCAAUCAGUCUUUAUUUUUUUUUUUCAUAGUAGUUAUUGUGGUUUAAAUCGACACAGCUAUCAAACGCCUGGCCCUGGUUUGUCGAUACACUUUCCCCCCCCUGCCCACUCACAGAAAAGAAAAUGAGCGGCAGCGGGCGGCCCAGGACCAGCUCGUUUGCCGAACCGCCGGGGGCUCCGGGAGCCGCUGCAGCCGCCGCCGGAAGCGCCGUUGCCGGUGGAAGCGCUUCAGGAAAGUCCGGGGCUGCUCAGGCCUCCGGCGCUACUUCGACUGGCUUUGGAAACUUGAAGCUUAGCAGGGACAGUGGGAAGGUGACCACAGUGGUAGCUACACCUGGACAAGGUCCAGAUCGCCCACAGGAAGUGUCCUACACAGACAUUAAAGUGAUUGGUAAUGGCUCAUUUGGAGUGGUGUAUCAGGCCCGACUCAGCGACAGCCAGGAGAUGGUGGCAAUCAAGAAGGUGCUGCAGGACAAGCGGUUUAAGAACCGAGAACUACAGAUUAUGCGCAAGCUGGACCACUGUAACAUUGUUAGGCUACGCUACUUCUUCUAUUCCAGUGGAGAGAAGAAAGAUGAAGUUUAUUUGAAUCUGGUGCUGGAUUAUGUACCAGAGACCGUGUAUAGAGUUGCACGCCAUUUCAACAAGGCCAAGAGCACCAUACCAGUCAUCUACGUCAAAGUGUAUAUGUAUCAGUUAUUCCGCAGUUUGGCGUAUAUCCAUUCCCAAGGCGUCUGCCACAGAGAUAUCAAACCACAAAAUCUUCUAGUGGACCCUGAUACUGCUGUUCUCAAGCUGUGUGAUUUUGGCAGUGCGAAGCAGUUAGUUCGUGGCGAGCCAAACGUUUCAUACAUCUGCUCACGGUAUUACCGUGCCCCGGAGCUCAUCUUCGGAGCCACAGAUUACACCUCCAACAUUGAUAUCUGGUCAGCCGGCUGCGUAUUGGCCGAGUUGCUGCUGGGCCAGCCCAUUUUCCCCGGUGAUAGCGGGGUUGACCAGCUAGUUGAAAUCAUUAAGGUUUUGGGCACGCCGACACGAGAACAGAUCCGGGAAAUGAAUCCCAACUACACAGAGUUCAAAUUCCCUCAGAUCAAAGCGCACCCCUGGACUAAGGUGUUUAAACCCAGGACGCCUCCGGAGGCCAUCUCUCUGUGUUCCCGUCUGCUGGAAUACACACCCGUGACGCGUCUCUCUCCGCUAGAGGCCUGUGCCCACGCAUUCUUCGAUGAGCUGCGCCAACCCAACGCUCGCUUGCCCAGCGGCCGAGAGCUGCCUUUGCUCUUCAACUUCAGCCCUGUGGAGCUGUCUAUCCAGCCACAGUUGAAUUCCACUCUCAUUCCUCCUCAUGCGCGCUCGCAGACGACGCCCGUUUCUCACGAAGGCAGCGUGUCGGACAGCUCAGCCCAGUCCAGCUCUGCACCGGGAGCCCUGAGCAACAGCACCUGAGCAUUACCUCUGUGUUUCUACACCGUUCUCCCUUCACUCCUCCUCUCGUCACCUGUCCCUCGUUCCAGCCUUUUCAAAGCUCCAGAACCCGAAUCUGUUUAGCUCAGAUUCCGAACCCCUUCGUUGCACAUUUAGCAUCCUUCAGGAGAACGUGUUUGUUUUUUUUUUUUUUGUUUUUUUUUUUUGUGGGGGGGGUUUGGUCUGUUUUGUUUAUUUCGGGUAGACUUUGUCCUUGAUGAGGUUUACGGCUGUGUGAUUUCAAGUAAAGAAUGGUUUGUUGAGGCAUUUCUGACCUCUAGUGGCAGGAGGAGAAAAGCAGAUUUUUUUUUUUUUUACCCCCCACCCCACCCCUUACUGUCUGCCACGUCUCUGUGGAGGUCCAACCUUUUUAUUAUGUUUUAAACAGAAACGCACCUCAUACAACCACAACAUGCAGGUGUAUUUUUAUUUUCGUUUGCUCUUAAAGUGUAAUAAAUUUUAGCGGGUUUUUUUUUUUCUUCUUAAACGAGACCAUGUUCUUGAAAUGAGUGUGGAAGUGUUUUUAUGGAGCAGUGAGUAAGUGGUGGUCUUGUCUAUUUGGCCAGGAUUUUGUUUAGGAAAAGGGUGUGUGUGUGUGUGUGUGGUUGGUUGUUUUUUUUUCCUAAGUGAACGCAAGCUGAACCACUUUUCCUUUGUCGGUCGGUUAAAGUUGAAAGGGCUCCAUCUCGAGCUGGUCCUAUGUACCAAAUCCUAUCCGAGUUAAACGUGCUGGUGUAGGGUCAGACGGUUUGUCUUUCACAUCCCGGUGAAUGUUAGUGAUAGGGAUGGAGAGGGCUGAUCCUAGAGCAGUACUGUUAUUUAUGGCCCAAUAGAAUUUCUGUACUUUUUUUUUCCCCCCCCUAUUCCUGCAAAGACAAGUGUGUGUGGUCCUUGAACAUUUAGAACUGUAAGCACACACGUUUAUUUUGUUUGUGGCCCUGGCAGUAUCCUCUACUCUUUCAAAUCACACAUUUCUAUAGGAGUUUAGGUCAUAAAAUGAUUGUGUGUGUGCGCGUGCGUUUCAGUAGAGUUAGAAGAUUUAAAUAUUUAAAUGGCUGCUGAUCUGUGAUGAAUCUAUAUCAUUGUACGUAUCAUAGAGCCCCACACCCAUGCGCGCACACACACCGGCGUCCCUCCACUUCCUCCUGGAGCCAUCCAUCCGUCCCCCUCCAUCCCCACUUCACCCUUCUCUCACUGCUGAUAUGUAAAUAUCAUGUACCUUUUACUUUUUUUUGUUUGUUUGUUUUGUUUUUAUGAUUGUUAUUCUGUUCUUGUAACUUGAUUUUUAUUUCUAGUGGAGUAGUGCUGGUUCAAGUAGUGGCCAGCUCUCUCUGUCUCUCGGUCUUGCUUUCUCCCAUCGCUCUCAUUUGUACAUAGCAUUUCAACUUGUCCCCCCUCACCUCUGCCGAGGAGGCAGGGGGAUGGAACAAAACUGAGUCUCUCUCUCCUUCCCUCUGUUGCUCUCUCGCCCUCUCUCUCUCUCUCUCUCUCUCUCGCAGUCCUUGUUCAUGUGCUCCCUUAUAAAUGUUAUUUCGAAUAUUUUAUUUAUUGUAUUGCAGACAGUGUUUUUUUUUUGUUUGUUUUUUUGUUUGUUUGUUUGUUUUUUAAUGAUCUGAUGGGGUAGAGACUUGUGUGUGACCUGUCAUUAGAACAACAUUCAUAUCCUAAACUUGAUAUUAUCUUGGAAUGUGUUUUGAGAAUAUGAACGUAUUGUCCGGAGCAUUCUGCGAGUCUCGUUACGAGGAAUGUUCCUGAAGGUGCAGGCACACAGACGUACACGAAAGAUAGAUAAACGUGGACUGCUUAGCCCAUCCAGGACUCAGUGAAUGGGUUAAGUGAGGGAGAGGGAGAGAGAAACUGUUUUUGUUUGUUGGUAUAAAUAAGCUCAUUAAUAAAGUGAUGAAAAGUG